AUGAAUACCCACCAGCCAACUUCCUCGGCCAUUAAUGGCAUCGAGUUUGGCUUUCUUACUACAAAAGACAUCAAGUCGCUCUCGGUGAAGCGCAUCACGAACCCAACCACAUUCGAUUCGCUGCUUCACCCAGUGCCAGGUGGUCUGCACGAUGCAGCACUCGGUGCUUUCCUCGACAAUCCAUGCGGAACAUGCGGUCUCACAAACUUCCUGGGCUGCCCUGGCCACUGCGGCCACAUCGAACUCCCAGUACCUGUAUACCACCUCACAUUCAUUGACCAGCUGCUGCGACUGCUCCGAGGCAAGUGCGCAUACUGCCAUCAGCUCAAGUUCCCCCGUGUGCAGGUCAACGAGUUUGUCUCCAAGCUGCGCUUGAUAAGAUGCGGAUUGGUGCAAGAGGCAAACGACAUGCACGAGCACAUCAAUCUUGAAAAGGGCAAGACAAGCAAACGGGCCGCCGACGAUUCCGAAGAUGAAGACAACGACCAAGAUGACAUCAUCUCACAGCGAAACAGCUAUGUGAAGAAGUGCAUGAAGCGAGCGGGCAUUUCAAAGCAUGAUGCCAGGUCGGUGCGCGAAAAGAAUGAAGCCAUUUCCGAUGCGCGCCGACAGGUAGUCAAAGAAUUCUACGCAGAGCUUGUCAAGCGCAGGACCUGUGGCAACUGCCAGGGCAUCAGUCCUACGUACCGUAAAGACCGGGGCAUCAAAAUUUUCCGAAAGGCGCUUAGCCAGAAAGACAAGACCAAGAUGGCCCAGGCGGAGAAGCGCAUCCAAAAUCCCCUCGAUAUUCUGGCCCGGCGAGACGCGAAGGCAAAGAAGCAACACGUACAUGCGGACGAGGGUGUGGCGGACCUAGACCCCGCCUCUGAAGAAGAUGAGGACAUCGAUAUGGAGGACUUGCAACAAGCCGAUGGCUCGCUCGUCGCCACCGAGGCACGCAUGGCCAGGAAAGCGAAGACGGAUGAGACCUUGGAAGCCGCACAAGAGUACGUUAACUCGAGUGAAGUCAAGGCAGCCAUGACUCUGCUCUUCGAGAACGAGUCGGAGAUGAUGCGGUUGCUCUACAGCCCAUACGGAUCAAAGUCUCUGGUGGAUGUGAGCGCCGACAUGUUCUUCACUCAAGCCAUCAUUGUCCCUCCCAACAAGUUCAGACCUGAAGACAAGACGGGCGACUCCAUUGCUGAGUCGUCUAAGAAUAAGCUCUACAAGGGCAUCCUGGAGGCUUGCGAAAGCAUUCGUCAGAUCAGCCAGGAGAUGCAAGGCAAGCCCAAUGAGCUAGGUUUCAGACAACGAAACUUUGACGACAUGCAGACUCAAUUCGUGAACCUACAGGGCGCUGUGAACGCCCUCAUUGAUCGCGACGCCAACCCCGUACAAGGCCGUGGUGCGGUUACCAACGCCGAUGGUAUCAAACAAGGUCUCGAGAAGAAGGAGGGUCUUUUCCGGAAGAACAUGAUGGGCAAGCGUGUCAACUUUGCUGCACGAAGUGUCAUUUCACCCGACCCGAAUAUCGAAACCAACGAGAUUGGUGUCCCUCCAGUAUUCGCCGUUAAGCUUACUUAUCCUGAGCCUGUCACCAACCACAACUUUUACGACCUCAAGGAAGCAGUACUCAAUGGCCCAGACAAGUGGCCUGGAGCGCACGCCAUUGAGAACGAAUUCGGACAAAUCAUCUCGCUGAAGAAGAAGAAUUACGAAGAGCGAUUAGCCUUGGCCAACCAGCUACUCGCCCCAUCCAAUUCCUACUCCAACGGUGCCAAGAACAAGAAAGUGCAUCGCCAUCUCAACAAUGGCGAUGUGGUGAUUAUGAAUCGACAACCGACACUGCACAAGCCCUCUAUGAUGGCGCACAGAGCACGUGUGUUGCCAGGAGAGAAGACGAUUCGUAUGCACUACGCCAACUGUAACACAUACAACGCCGACUUUGACGGUGACGAGAUGAACAUGCAUUUCCCCCAGAAUGAGCUUGCUCGCGCGGAGGCCAUGACUAUCGCAGAUACUGAUCACCAGUAUCUGUCUGCAACCGCUGGAAAACCCCUACGAGGUUUGAUUCAAGAUCAUAUUUCCAUGGGAGUUUGGCUGUCCAACAAAGACACCUUCUUUACGAGAGAUCAGUACCACCAGCUACUCUACUCUUGCUUGCGGCCAGAGGAUGGCCACACGACCUCGGGCAGGCUUGAGACUGUUGUGCCAGCUAUCCUGAAGCCUCAACCAAUGUGGACAGGUAAACAGAUCAUCACAACCGUCUUGAAGAACAUCAAGCCAGCAGAAUACCAGGAUCUAACACUUUCGUCCAAGUCAUCCACAAACGGCAAACUGUGGGGCGCACACUCCGAAGAGCAGUUUGUCAUAGUCAAGGAUGGCGCGCUUUUGACUGGCAUCAUGGACAAGGGUCAGAUUGGACCUGCUGCUGGCGGUCUGAUCAACGGUAUCUACGAGGCAUAUGGUGAGACCAUCGCUGGAAGGGCUUUGAGUAUCAUUGGACGGUUACUUACCAAGAUGCUACACAUGCGUGCAUUCUCUUGCGGUGUUGAGGAUCUUAUCCUUACCGGACAAGGAGAGGAGGCAAGAUUGGUAGAGCUCCGCAAAGCAGAAAAUAUCGGAUUCGAAGUAGCGUCCAAGUAUGUUACUUUGAACGCCGAAAAGAUCGACCCUACCAAUCCAGAGCUACGGCGACGACUUGAAGCAGUUUUGCGAGAUGAUACGAAGCAACACGGUCUCGAUCUUCUCACGAACACUGCAAACAGCAAGAUCUCUUCGGCGGUCACUGCGGCCGUCCUUCCUGACAAGCUCAUCAAGGCGUUCCCCAAGAAUCAAAUGCAAGCCAUGACAGGUUCUGGUGCCAAGGGUAGCAUGGUCAACGCAAACCAGAUUUCUUGCAAUCUUGGACAGCAAGUUCUUGAAGGCCGAAGAGUUCCCGUCAUGAUCAGUGGUAAAACGCUGCCGUGCUUCAAGCCUUUUGAAACCAGCGUCCGUGCUGGUGGUUACAUUGUCAACCGUUUCUUGACUGGUGUCCGACCACAGGAGUACUAUUUCCAUAUGAUGGCUGGUCGAGAAGGUCUUAUUGAUACCGCUGUCAAGACUUCGCGUUCCGGUUACCUGCAACGAUGUAUCAUCAAGGGUAUGGAAGGUCUUCGCGUUGAAUACGACACCUCGGUCCGUGAUUCAGAUGGCUCUAUGGUCCAGUUCCUCUACGGAGAGGAUGGACUUGAUACGACCAAGCAGAAAUAUCUCAACGACUUCAAGUUCCAGGCUCAGAACUUCUACUCUUUGGCUCAAGCCCUUCACACUGCAGAGGCCUACCCUCGUGUCUCCAGUGCUGAGGCUGCUGAGCAUAACAAGAAGGCUGCGAAGAAGGCGAGGAAGGGCGAUACUGCAUCCAUGGACCCUGCCACUGCAGUUUAUACGCCCUCACGGCACAGUGGUAGUACUUCGGAAACAUUUUUGCAAGCCAAGCGCGAGUACUGCGAUAAAAAUCCCGACAAACUGCUCAAGAACAAGAAGAAGGAUGAAGAAGGCGAGAUUCUUAAGCGCACAUUUGAGCAGAUGCUCGACCUCAAAUACCUGCGAUCGCUGGUUGAGCCUGGUGAGGCUGUUGGUGUUGUGGCUGGUCAGUCGAUUGGUGAGCCUUCAACACAGAUGACACUGAACACUUUCCAUUUGGCUGGUCACUCUGCAAAGAACGUCACUCUUGGUAUCCCUCGUCUACGAGAAAUCGUGAUGACGGCUAGUGCAAACAUCUCCACACCUUCGAUGCAACUAUAUCCCCACCCCGAGCUGUCAAAAGAGGAUUGCGAAAAGUUUGCAAAGAGCAUCACGCGUCUACCACUUUCCGCUGUGCUUGACAAGGUCACCGUAACAGAGACGCUCGGCGCGGGUACUCAGUUCAGUCAGGCGAGAACCUACAAGAUUCGUUUAGACUUCUACCCUGCAAAGGAGUACACUAAGGAGUAUGCUAUCAAGGUCCGUGAUGUUGCCGAAUCGAUUGAGCAGAAGUUCUGCCCUCGACUACAGAAGAUGAUUCGCGCCGAUCUGAAGAAGAAGGCCGCAAACAAGUCACUCUCUACAGCAAGCUCAGCUAGUGUUCCCACAAUUGGCGAGAAGACUGGUAGGAGUGAUGAAGCGACAGUUGAGGAGUCCGAAGAAACUCUUCAGGCUGAUCGGGAAGGUGGUGCUGAAGACGAAGACAGUGAUGAUGGCGAAGGCGACAAUGACAACACCCAUGCCAAGGAUCGGGGCAGGCGUGAGGACAGUGUAGCCUAUGAGGAACCAGAGGAGGAAGAACAAGCUGCCAAUGCUAGACUGGACCGAGAGGAUGAAAUCAGCGAGGACGACGAGACAUAUGGUGGCAGCCCCAAGCCAUCACGCGCCGCUACCCCCGAUGCCGAGUCAGACGAUGAGGAUGAAGAGAUGAUUAUUCCUACCGACGAGGCCUCGGACGUUCGCCGUAACCGCAUUUGCACCAAGAAUGCUGACAUCUUUGAAUUCACUUUCGACGACCGCAAGGGCGCUUUCUGCGAGAUUAGUUUUGAGUUCUCAGCUUCCACGGCGAAGCUUCUCAUGCUCCAUCACGUCGAGGACGCUGCCAACUUUUCCACCAUCCAUGUCAUUCCUGGCAUCACGGCCGCGCAGUUCUCGGCUCAAUCGAAGGAUGUCCCGGAGAAUGUCAUCAACACGGAAGGUUCCAAUCUCAUUGCCAUGCGGGAAUACGCUCACAUCAUCGACGUGAACCGCACCAUGACCAACGACAUCGUGGCCAUGUUGCACUUGUAUGGUGUCGAAGCCGCACGUGCUACCAUUGUGCGCGAAAUGCACGCCGUCUUCUCCGGUCACGGUAUCAGCGUCGACCAGCGCCAUCUCAACCUCAUUGCCGACACCAUGACCAAGGGUGGAGGCUUCUCGCCUUUCAACCGCAUCGGCAUGAAGGGUAACGUGAGUCCGUUCAUGAAGAUGAGUUUCGAAACCACUGUUGGUUUCCUCAAGGAUGCCGUCCUCGAGCAUGACUGGGACGAGCUCAAGAACCCGAGUGCCAGGAUUGUUGUUGGCAGACUGAGCACAGUUGGUACAGGUGCCUUUGACGUUCUUGCCCCUGUCAGGAUUCGUGACCCGCUCAAGCAGGCAGUCGCCGAGGUCAACGAUGUCCUCAAUGACGAUGUGCGCCAGAAGCGUGAUUCAGACUCUGAAAGCGAGGAUGAAGAAGAGGAAGAGGAGGAUGAGGAUGAGGGUGGUGUGGAAGUGGAAAUGCGGGACGUCGAGAUGCAAGAUGUGGAUGAGGUUGAGGAGGAGGAGGUUCCGGAGGAACCCAAGAAGGAAAAGAAGAAGAAGAGUAAGAAGCACUAG